AUGGCCCAGCGGUGGGGUCCUCAAAAGCUCACAGAUGGGCAAACACAGGGCAGCAAUGAAGACAGCACCCAGGCAAGCAUCUUUACCUAUACUAACAUCAACUCCACCAGAGGCCCUUUUGAAGGUCCAAAUUACCACAUUGCUCCCAGAUGGGUGUACCACCUCACCACCAUCUGGAUGAUGUUUGUGGUCAUUGCAUCUGUCUUCACGAAUGGGCUUGUGCUGGUGGCCACCAUGAGGUUUAAGAAACUACGCCACCCUCUGAACUGGAUCCUGGUGAACUUGGCAGUUGCCGACCUAGCAGAAACCAUCAUUGCCAGCACCAUCAGCGUUGUGAACCAGUUCAACGGCUACUUCGUGCUGGGCCACCCUCUCUGCAUUGUGGAAGGCUACACUGUCUCCCUGUGUGUGUGUUCUUGGGUGGCUUCAGUGCCAAGCAGCCAGCAUAAUUUUAGUGGCCCAGAUGCCCUCAGGUACUGGCCUUAUGGCCUGAAGACAUCCUGUGGCCCGGAUGUGUUCAGUGGCACCUCCUACCCCGGUGUGCAGUCUUACAUGAUGGUUCUCAUGGUGACAUGCUGCAUCAUCCCACUCAGCAUCAUCGUGCUCUGCUACCUCCAAGUGUGGCUGGCCAUCCGAGCAGUGGCAAAGCUGCAGAAAGAAUCUGAGUCCACUCAGAAGGCCGAGAAGGAGGUGACACGCAUGGUGGUGGUGAUGGUUUUUGCAUACUGCGUCUGCUGGGGCCCCUACGCCUUCUUUGCAUGCUUUGCUACUGCCCACCCUGGCUAUGCCUUCCACCCUCUGGUGGCUGCCCUACCAUCCUACUUCGCCAAGAGUGCCACAAUCUACAAUCCCAUCAUCUACGUCUUCAUGAACCGGCAGUUUCGAAACUGCAUCUUGCAGCUUUUUGGGAAGAAAGUUGAUGAUAGCUCUGAACUCUCCAGCACUUCUAAAACAGAGGCCUCAUCUGUCUCUUCAGUGUCCCCUGCGUGA